ACUUAUUUUUCCGUGGAAAACAUUUCGCGUGUACCAAAAUAAUCUCUCUAUUUUAAAACCUUAACACAUCAUACCUACUAUACAUUUCUCUCAUUCAAAUCAUUUUAUUCCAAUGACUACCAAUUCAUCAAACAACCAAAUAAUUGUGGCUAUAAUUCCAUGGCCAGAACAUGGUCAUCUCAAUCAACUCUUCCAUAUUGCUAACUUCAUUUCUUCACACAUCAUCCCUGUACACUUCAUUUCCCUCACUAAUAAAAACAAAGAACUAAAAAAUCGCGCUCAAAAUUCACUCAACUCAUCCAAAAUACACUUCAAUGACCUCUUAACACCUUCUAUAACCCAAAAUUCACAACCCCAAAACGUAAAUUUUGCUGAUGAGUACGCGUUUUUGGAGUUUUUGGAUAAAUUGGGGGACCCCAUUUGCAAAAUAUGCGUUGAAAUCGCGAAAAAGACGAAAAAAUUGGUUGUUGUUUUUGAUUCUUUAAUGACUGAUGUUAUAAAAGAUGUUUAUUCAAUAUCAAAUGUUGAGUGUUAUUCAUUUCAUGCUAUUUCGGGUUUUACUAUGUAUUCUACUUUUAGACAGGUUGUUGUUGAUCAAGAUAAUGAUGAAGUUGCACGCCAAGUGUUCGAUGAAAUGCCUCAAAGGGUAAACUGUUUAGAAAAGGAUGUUUUUGAUCAUGAUGAAGUUGCACACAAAGUGUUUGAUGAAAUGCCUCAAAGGGAAAACUGUUUUGGACCGGGUAUUUUUGAUCGCGACGAAGUUGCACGCCAAGUGUUCGAUGAAUUGCCUCAAGUGGAGGAUUGUUUUGGACCGGAUAUUUUUGAGUUUGUGAAAAAGGAACGCGAAUGUAAUCUUAAUACUGGAGAGUUUAUGAAUUCUUGUAGGGAAUUGGAAGGGAAGUACUUGGAUUUACUUGCUAAUGUUAGGAAGAAGCCAUUGUUUGCUCUUGGUCCAUUUCACAUGUUGCAAGAAUUUUCACCCGAGUCAUCGAGCAAUGGGUAUCGUCAUGAAUGCUUGGAGUUUCUCGAUAAGCAAGAUGCUAAUUCGGUGAUGUUUGUUUCGUUUGGAACGACUACUACAUUGUCGCAAGAGCAAGUGAAUGAGCUCGCGCUCGGUUUGGAAAAGAGCAACAAUAAGUUUAUAUGGGUGCUAAGAGAAGCGGAUAAAAAGAUGGAUACUGAGGAAUGCGAAGGGAGGAAAGAUGGGAACUUUGAAUUGCCUGAAGGGUUUGAAGAAAGAGUGGAAGGAAGAGGAAUGGUGGUGGGAAAUUGGGUACCCCAAUUGGAAAUCUUGGGACAUAAAUCGACGGGCGGGUUCUUAAGUCAUUGUGGAUGGAAUUCUUGUAUGGAGAGCGUUAGCAUGGGAGUUCCUAUAGCAACUUGGCCGAUUCACGUGGACCAACCGUAUAAUGCUGUUUUUGUAACCAACGUGCUGAAGAUUGGAAUCCCGGUUAGAAGUUGGGCUCGUAGGGAAGAAUUGGUAACAGCAACGGCUGUUGAGAAAGCUGUCAAGACUUUGAUGGGUACACUGGAAGGAGAAGAGAUGCGACAGAGGGCAAUGGAAUUGAGCAAUAAGAUCAAGAACUCUGUUAGCCAUGGAGGACUUGCACAUAAGGAAAGGGAAUCUUUCAUUUCUUGUAUUACCAAAUAAAAUUUCACUUAAUGACAUCAAUAUUUAGUCUAUCAAGUAUGUCAUGUAUGACUUUUUUCAAGUGCCAUGUUUCCAUUAAAUUUAAUGCAUACCAGAUUUCUGGCU